AUGAAAAAAGUGCUUUGCUUCGGAGGCUACCUUCAAGGAGCUGAGGUGUUUGCAGAAAAGAGUGCUUCUUUGCGUCAACUACUAGCAGAGAAGAAUUUCCAGUUGGAGUACUUAGACCCUCCUAUUAAGCUCUCGCAGGAGCCGGGAUUCACCACCCCGUUCUCGAAGGUGACCACCAAAAGCGGCGAGACCGUGUGGGAGAGGGCCAUCCGUCGGGACUCCGACCGGGCGUGGUGGAGACACAAUUCUGGGGUAAACCGCGGGUUGGAGGCAGCGGUCGAUUACGUGAUGGAUUACGUAAAAAGAACCGGGCCCUACGUCGGAGUGGUGGGUUUCUCCCAGGGAGCGUGCUUGGCGGCUAUGGUGGCCAACACCAUCCACAAGCGCCUCCCUCAGCACCCGCCCUUGCAGUUUGCGCUCGUGUUUUCGGGCUUUGCCUUCACCCAGCCUCUCAAUUGCGAUCGUGCUGAGGUGCAACGCUACGAGCACGACUUUUCCAACUACGCCCCGAGAGUAACCCUUCUCCGAGGUUACGAGCAGUUCUUCGAGAUUCCCCCAGACCUCUCGACAAAAAUGGUCCUCGUCUACGGCACCAGCGACUCGGUGGUGCUUCCCGUUCGCACGCAAUACUUGGCCUCACUCUAUCCCAAUCCGGUAGUUAUCACUUUUGAUGGCCAUCAUCACUUGCCACGUGACCCGCGAGUACUAGCAUCUAUCGUUCAACAUUUGGAGCUGCGGAGAACACACUCUUUAUAG